AUUUAAAUGCUAGCUAUCUGAAUACCUCGUUUCGUUUAUAACUAAGGAUUCAUACGAACGAACUACAUUCUUGAGUUUCCGUAUAUAUAAUAGUCAAAACCUUUUACUAGCAUACGGCGAAAUGUUGGUCUAUGUAAAAGUUCCCCGGAAUUGUAGCAAUAAUAAUGUGCGUCACAUGUGAGGAAUUCGUGACAAUACCGGUUUCGUUAUUGUUAGCAAUUUCCUACGUUCGGAAGUUUUGAAAAUAUACGUAUACAUCUUAAUUGAGUUUCGAAGAAUAAUUAAGAAUUCUUUAAGAAAUUAGACUAAAGAAUUAAAAUAGAAUAAACCUUAAAAUGAGUAUAAGGAGGCAUUUAUGGAGGUUAUGCACAGCCUGUAGGCACGAUUUAAAGAACAUUAGAACGUACAAAACGUACAAAAGUAGAAACGUUUUAAGACUUUACGAUAGAGGAAUGUUUCAGGAUAUUUUUCCUGACACUUCGGCAGGAGAAGUCAUUGAUCUUCUGAAUGCGUCGUCGCAGACGGUAUAUGCUGGGUUUGACCCAACGGCGGACAGUUUGCACGUUGGAAAUCUAUUGGUAUUGAUGAAUCUUCUACACUGGCAAAGAUCUGGCCAUCAAGUAAUAGCUCUAGUAGGUGGAGCUACGGGACAGAUAGGAGAUCCGAGUCACAGAAAGUCAGCGCGUACUGAAAUGGAACAGGUCCUAAUAAAUGAGAAUAUAAAAGGAAUAUCAAGAAACAUUAGAACGAUAUUUAAAAAUCAUGAGGAACUUUUUUGGGAGGAAAAAAAGACUGUGAAACCUGUUAUGAUUGUCAACAAUAUAGAAUGGUACAAGGACAUAAAUGCGCUUGAUUUUCUAAGAAGUGUUGGAAGGUAUUUCAGACUCGGUACAAUGCUUAGUAAAACAUCUGUACAGACGAGACUAAAUUCAGAAACAGGAAUGAGCUUUGCUGAGUUCUCUUACCAGGUGCUCCAAGGCUACGACUGGUUCCAUCUAUUAGAAAAGUACAAUUGUAGAUUUCAAAUUGGCGGUAGCGAUCAAAUGGGUAACAUCGAUGCUGGGUUUGAUUUGAUCGGCAGAGCAACUGACAAAAGGGUAUUUGGUCUGACGCUACCAUUAAUCACCACAGAAAGUGGCGAAAAGUUUGGCAAAUCGGCUGGUAAUGCUAUAUGGUUAUCGGAGAAUAAGUCAUCGAGUUUUCAACUCUACCAAUUCUUCAUACGCACCAAAGAUUCGGACGUUCAUCAAUUGCUGAAAUUCUUCACUUUCAUCCCAUUGGGACGUAUUUCAGAAAUUAUGGUUGCCCACCAAAAAAAUCCCGAACAACGUACAGCACAAAAAAUACUAGCUGAACAUGUUACUCGAUUGGUGCAUGGAGAAGCGGGCUUGAAAACAGCACAGCAAACCACAUCCGUACUUUAUGAUAAGUCGAUCGAAAGUUUGUCCAGUCUCAGUGCCGAUGAGAUGGUCAGCGCAUUUCAAGGGGCAACUUUAAUUGAAAUAUUGCCUGAGCCAGGCUUGACCGUGCUGCAACUUAGUUUGAAAGCAAAUUGUUUCCCGGAUGAAACUAAUGCAAUAAGAAUUAUUACCGCUGGUGGUUUUUACAUCAAUCAUCAAAGGAUUCAAAAUAUCGAAGAAAUAAUCACCCCUGGUGUUCAUAUCAUGCCAAAUAAUUUAACGAUGAUUAGGGUAGGAAAGAAAACGUAUUACAUUGUGAAAUGGAUCUCAUAACAAUUGGAUGAUUCUUUGAUCGGUCAGACGUUUUUGAAAAAUGGUUCUCUGAUUGUGUUGUCCUUUAGGAUUUCUUUUCUCUUUCGCCAUUGCUCCGUCAACAAUUGCAUCUCUUCGAGAAACGCAGUGUUCCAUAUCUUGAA